AUGCGUUUGCUCCAAGAAAAGGGUAUCAUCAGGGAGAGGGUUAGAGCAAUUGCUGAUUACAUCGUCAUGAAAUGCCAAAAAUGUGAAGACAUGACUCGAACCACCUUCUUUGUUGCGGUAAUGACCUUUGUUCGUCAAAUAAUGAGUGACCUGAAGCGUCUUCAAGGGGAUCUUGCACAUAGGCCCGUGGCAAGACCGACUAAUGUCCCACGGGCCCCUAGAGUAGAAGCACUUAUAGAACCACCAAGUGCGAUACCUGGAUUCCCUGAGCUACUUCCCAAGGCAAGUGGAACUUCCAACGUCCCCAUAAGUUACCCGAAUACCCCACUUGGAUAUCCUACCAUCUCAGCUCACUUUGCUGGAACACCUUCUGAGGUUCGCCCCCAGGUGUUAAUUUUAGGUGCGGCCUCGAACAUAUUCACUGCGCUACCCUCUUCGGCUACGGCGCAACCCACUUUACCCAGGCCGAGUUUUGAUCCACCAUCUUUCACCUUCCAAGGACCAUCGUUUCCACUGGAACCUACCCAGUUCACUACUAAAUCUUACCCUCAGCAACCCCGGUACGAGUUUACCGCGGGACAGGAGAAAACUACAAAGAACCCCAAGCAGGAAGAAAUCACUCGGAAGAUGAGGAGCAUGGAACGGAGCCAUAAGAAUAUACAAGGCUUAAGUGGUCAAAAGAGCAUAUCCUAUGCCGAUUUAUGUAUGUUCCCACAUGUCCACCUACCCCUGGGUUUUAAAACUCCCAAGUUCGAGAAGUACAACGGACAUGGGGACCCCAUAGCUCACCUCGAGAGGUACUGCAAUCAACUGAGAGGAGCAGGUGGAAAAGGGGAGCUUUUCACGGCUUAUUUUGGAGAGAGUCUAGUGGGCAUUGCAUCCGAGUGGAAUUCUCUAUCAAACCUCAAGAAGAAGUCCUCGGAAAGUUUCCGAGAAUAUGCUGUCAAAUGGCGCGAACAAGCGGCCAGCGUCAAGACUCCAAUGGAUGAAAUAGAAAUGAAUAUGAUGUCUGCAAUGAGGAAGCUGUUUGCUGAGGCCAUCAAGAUUGGUGAAAUAGUCGAGAAUGGUCUAAAAACAGGGCGCAUAUUGAGUCAAACUGCUAUAAGGGCUACUUCCCAAGCAAUUCAAGGCGGGUCCAGAGGUGUAGCGAACAGAAAGAAAAAGGAAGAAGUGGCAAUGGCAACUUCAAGUGUAAGAAAACCCCGUCCAACCAGAAAUUACUUCCCUCUAAGCACCCCACAACAUUAUAAUCCUUAUCAGGAUGUGGCCUACGCCAUGGCUCCUCAGCCAAACAACCCUCCUCCCCAAGCUCAGUAUAACCCCCGACCUCCACAGAAUAACUUCCCCUACAAUGCCCGUGCUCGGGAGCCACCCAGGAGAACAAACUUCACACCUAUUGGUGAGUCAUACUCUAGUCUUUUCCCUAAACAUGUCCAGAUGGGUUUGUUGCAACCAGUACCCCAAACCAGGCAGAACCCAGAGUCGCCCUCCUACAGAGCUGGUACUCGAUGUGCUUACCAUUCGGGAGCGGAAGGGCAUGAUACAAAAGACUGUUGGACUCUGAAAAGGGCUGUUGAAAAUCUCAUAGAGCAAAAGCGAAUAGUGUUAAAAGAUGAAGUCAUUCAUAAUAUGACCAACAACCCAGUACCGGCUCACAACAACGGGCCGGUUAUUGGAAUGAACUGCGAAGAUAAGGAGUUUGAUCCUGCUUUGAGAGCCAUAAUUGCAAUCGUUGAUGUCGAGAAGAAGCCAAGAGCUACUGGAAAACAAGACAAGGGGGGAGGAGAAGAGUAA